GACACGUAAGCACAGUCAAAGAGCAAACAAGACUUGACCGCACUUGAUCACUCACUGCGCGUAAAGUUGCUCGUCUUCCAUCUUUCUUAACUUCACCAUUGUUGAAAACAGAGGAGUCGGGAGAAGAUGGCGAGUGGAGGUGGAUACGGAGACCCGUCUCAGAAGAUUGACUACGUCUUCAAGCUGGUGCUGAUCGGAGACUCGGGAGUUGGGAAAUCUCAGAUACUGUCUCGGUACGCGAGAAACGAGUUCAGCUUGGAUUCCAAAGCAACCAUCGGCGUCGAGUUUCAAACUCGUACUCUUGUUAUGGACCAUAAGAGUGUUAAAGCUCAGAUCUGGGACACCGCUGGCCAAGAAAGGUAUAGAGCGGUGACGAGUGCGUAUUACAGAGGAGCGGUUGGGGCGAUGCUGGUUUACGAUGUGACUAGACAACAGACAUUUGAUCAUAUCCCACGGUGGCUUGAAGAAUUGCGGAAUCACGCAGACAAGAACAUUGUGAUUAUACUUGUCGGGAACAAGUCUGAUCUUGAAGAUCAACGAGCGAUUUCGAUGGACGAUGCUAAGGAAUUCGCGGAGAAAGAAGGUCUCUUCUUCUUGGAGACAUCGGCUCUAAACGCAGUCAACGUGGAGAGUGCUUUCUCCACUGUUUUGACUGAGAUUUUCAACGUUGUCAACAAGAAAAGCCUUGCUGCUGAUGAAGGACAAGGUGAUGGUGAUCCUGCAUCGCUAGCUGGUAAGAAGAUCGAUAUUGUUCCAGGUCCUGGUCAGGUGAUUCCAACGAAGAAUAGAUGGUGUUGUAACACUUAGAGAGCAGCUCGAUUCUAUAUCCACAUUUCCGACGUUAUAACUCAAUCAUGGGACAUUUUGUAUCGAGUUGGUUUUGAUUCAAAUAGUUAAGUUUCUCGAGUUACGGCCUCUA